GACAAAGAAAUUUGUCGGCUGACUUGCCUAUGAUUCCGACCAUACCAUCGUCGCUUUGCAAGCACUACCAAGUUUUGCCUUUGCCUAUCAUAUCCUAAUGAAAGACUAUCAUAUUUCUGGUAUGGAAUUCCCAGGUGAUGGUGAAACAGCGAAGGAGCAUAAACUUGUUCUUGACAUGGACAAACCCUCGAUCUUCACACUUACAAAAGGCUCGUCUGCACCGAGGAAAACUACUUCGGGACCAAAGUUUCUGGAGUUGUGGAAGCGACACAGCCUAAUCUUAUCCAUAGUUUUCCUAGCCCUGUUCAUCCUUGCACUUGUCGCUUUGCUUGUUCUCAUUCUUGUACGAGUGUUCGAGUAGAGGAAAUGUUCUGGGGACUUCUCUAGAGAAUUAUUCUAGAAUAAUUUUCAGUCAUGGCGCCGCCACCCCCCAGCCCCCUCGAUCGAUUUCUUCAAUCCUGCUUUUCUAGGAUUCAGAUAUGCUUGUUUUGUCC